UUCCUAUUCAAACAAUUGCAUCCAGAUUACGAACCUUCUCCAUCUGACGUCCCACUUGCAAGUUGUCCUCGAUUUGAUGGGAAAAUUCAAGUGUUCAACUCUGCAUCUUCGACAUUCUAUGCGCCUAGCGACCGCAGCAGUAUCAGUGGCAUGCGCUGGGAGCAUACACGUGCUUGUCCUCUUUGGAGAAACGAGGCACCAUGA